AUGGAGUACAAGAAAGCAAGUGUAGAUAGACUAAAGAGAGUGUUCUUAAAAUACGAAGAUAUGAAGAGUAACACGUUAUGCUAUGUGAAAAAGUUGGCAGAGUUCACGGGUAAAUCCUUCUCUAAGGAGGAAGAAAACCUAGGUGUAGCUGAAAAGAUAGUUGCGCGCUGUCAUUUCGAAAGUUUGAGCAAUUUAGAGGUGAACAAGAGCGGGUGGCUUCACCCAAAUCCUUUGACAGUCAAGAACAAUGCAUUUUUUCGAAAAGGAGAAAUUGGAGAUUGGAAAAAUCUUUUGACUGAGGAUAUGGCAAAAUCAAUUGAUCACAUAACGCAAGAGAAAUUCCAAUUUUUGGGCUUGACAUGGAUCCCUGUUUCAACACAUGAGUGCAAGAAAAAUACAAAGGAUUAA